AUGCCAUCUCAAGACACACCCAUCCUAGACACACACAUCCACCUCUGGCCCUCAACCGCGACAUCCUCUUCAAACCACGGCUGGAUGACCCCCGGCCACCACCUCUCCAAACGGCACGGCAUCUCAGACUAUCUUUCCAUCACAUCACCCCAGCCCGCGGGAUUCAUCUACGUAGAAACUGAUCGGUAUCUUUCCUCCGCGGAGCCAAGUAUCUCAGGCUCUGAUAGCGAUGAGGAUGUUAAGGGCAAGUUGAGGGAGUGGGCGAAGGAGCCAUUGGAGGAGGUUAGGUUUCUGAGGAGGAUUGUGGAGGGGACGCCGGAGGGGGGUGAUGGGUUUACGGGGGAGGAAAGUGGGAAGAUGAAGGGGGCUGUUGUGUAUGCGCCUUUUCAUCUGAAGCCUAGGGUGUUUGAUGUUUAUCUAGAGAUUGUGAGGGAGGUGGCUGGGCCGCAGCUCUGGAAAUGUAUCAAAGGAUGGAGGUAUCUGUUGCAAAGGAAGGGGGAGGGUGUUGUUGCUAAGAUGCUAAAGGAAGACGAGGAGAGCUGGGUUAGUAAUCUAGUUGGGUUGAAGGGGUUGGGAGAUGGAUGCCAGGCGUGGUGUUUUGAUGUAGGUGUUGAUAAUCAUAGGGAUGGGACGGGGCCUAUGGAGGCAGUUGGGGGGUUGAUCAAGGCUGUUAGGACGAGGGAGGAGAAGGAGGGAGAUGGAGAUGGAAAGAAGGUGAAGUUCGUCCUGAACCACCUCGCCAAACCCCCCCUCUCACCCAUAUCCCCCAGCCCAUCCCCCAUCUGGCUGCAAGCCAUGUCAUCCCUCUCAUCUGACACAAACGUCUACAUGAAGUUCUCAGGCGCCUUCAACGAAUUCACCGUCGAGCCCACUCCCGCCGACAUCGCCAGUAUCCUAACUGUCUUAUCCCCUUUCCUGGACCACGUGUUCAAGCAGAGUCAUGUUCGGGAGUGA